GGCAUUUAAGCUGGGUAAGGGGGACGAGAACCCCUGGGGCGGAGGGUGCAGAGCCUCCAGGAUCCAGCCGUGGAGUCUGUGGACCUUGGGAGUCGAGGACGCCAGCUCCUGGGAGGAAGUCCUAGAAGGCUGGGUCGAGUGGGUAGUAGGUGGUCCAGGCUGGGCCGUGCACUGCUUGAGUGAGAGUGACAGUCUCGGGGCACUGCAGGCUGUGCGGCCUGUCCACGGGGGAGCGUCAGGAAGGAGGCCAGUGUGUAGGACACGCCACCUGUGGGGUGGCGCAGUCCUGAAGGCAGUGCUUGGCCUGGGACCACACCCAGCCUUUGCCGACCUGCAGCCUCCCAAGGAGAGUGACCAGUUGUCCCAGUGUGCGGGGACCUUUGUGUCUGGGCAGCAGAGGCCGGCGCCUGGCCCACCUUGGGGAGGGAGGUCCCCUGCAGUCUAGGUGGCCCCUACACUGUGGUUCAGGGUUGAGGUAGGUGUGCGGCUGCUGGCGGAAGUGAGGACCCGCCACCCGGCCCCUGACCCAGAAUCCCUCCCCAGGUGUGAUGGUCGGCUCCCACGCAGACAUGGCUCCCACCCCCGCCGGAGAGAAGCCUGGGCCAGUGGCCCCCGCCCCCGCGGCCCAGUAUGAGUGCGGGGAGUGUGGCAAGGCGUUCCGGUGGUCCUCCAGGCUCCUGCACCACCAGCGCACGCACACGGGCGAGCGGCCUUACAAGUGCCCCGACUGCCCCAAGGCCUUCAAGGGCUCCUCAGCCCUGCUCUACCAUCAGCGCGGCCACACGGGCGAGCGGCCCUACCAGUGCCCCGACUGCCCCAAGGCCUUCAAGCGCUCCUCCCUGCUGCAGAUCCACCGCAGCGUGCACACCGGCCUGCGCGCCUUCACCUGCGGUCAGUGUGGGCUCGCCUUCAAGUGGUCGUCCCACUACCAGUACCACCUGCGGCAGCACACGGGCGAGCGGCCCUACCCGUGCCCCGACUGCCCCAAGGCCUUCAAGAACUCUUCCAGCCUGCGACGCCACCGGCACGUGCACACGGGCGAGCGGCCCUACGCCUGCGGCGUCUGCGGCAAGAGCUUCACGCAGAGCACCAACCUGCGGCAGCACCAGCGCGUGCACACGGGCGAGCGGCCCUUCCGCUGCCCGCUGUGCCCCAAGACCUUCACGCACUCCUCCAACCUGCUGCUGCACCAGCGCACGCACUCUGCCGAGCGCCCCUUCGCCUGCCCCAUCUGCGGGCGCGGCUUCGUGAUGGCCGCCUAUCUGCAGCGACACCUCAGGACGCAUGCCCCCGCUAGCACGGCUGCUGCUGGCCCCACGGGCCCCGCCCCCUGCCCCCAGCCCCCCGCCCCAGCCCCGGCCCUGCCCGCCACCCAGGAUGUUCACGUGCUCCCCCACCUCCAGGCCACGCUCUCCCUUGAGGUGGCAGGGGGCACCGUGCAGGCCGCGCCUCCGGGCCCGGUAGCCCCCAACUCCCAGACAUUUCUCUUGGUGCAGACCGCGCAGGGCCUCCAGCUGAUCCCCAGCAGCGUGCAGCCCUCGACUCCCCCGCCUCCACCCGCACCCCCCAAGCUCAUCCUGGUGCCCGCCCCCAGUGUUGGCACUGGGGGCAGCCUGGCUAGGCAGGGUCCAAGGACAGCAGGGAAAGCUGGCCAGGGGGCGGGAGUAGUCUGGCUGCCGGGCCCUGGGAGUCUAGGGGUACAGGGAGGAGGCAGUGCGGGGGCCAGCGGGGGAGGGCAGAGCCUCAUUGUUCUACAGAACGUAGGGUGUGGGGAGGCAGGGCCGCAGGAAGUGAGCGGGGUCCAGCUCCAGCCUCUCCGGCCAGCACCGGAGGUGACCGCGGUCCAGCUCCAGCCCGCGCAGGAAGUGACCACAGUCCAGCUCCAGCCCGCACAGGAGGUGACCACGGUCCAGCUCCAGCCCGUGACAGGCCAGCUCUCCAGCUCUAGCGGGGGAGCUGUGGCCACCGAGGCCCCUAACCUGCUGGUGGUUCAGAGUGGGGCGGCAGAGGAGCUGCUCGCGGGCCCUGGGCCUGGGGAGGCCACGGAUGGGGAGGCCGGCUCUGGCGUGGUCCCGGAUGUGCUCUUUGAGACCCUGCAGACAGACGAGGGGUUGCAGAGCGUGCUGGUGCUGAACGGGGCCGAUGGGGAGCAGACCCGCCUGUGCGUCCAGGAGGUGGAGACCCUCCCACCUGGGCUGCCUGAGCCGCCGGCCCCUGGCCUGCAGGGACAGAAACUCCUCACCCGCGGCCCCCCAGCCACGGAACUGCUGGACAGCGGCGGCCUCGGGGGCUCCGCCACGCUGCAGCUCCUGGCCCCGCCGCUCUGUCCAGCCUCUGCCCCCGCGGGGAUUCCCGCUGCAGCCCCCACCUCCCAGAUGGUGCAGGUGGUCCCGGCCGGACCUGGGCCUGGGGGCGUGACCCCGCAGGGCCUGCCCUCCAUCCAGAUCGUACAGACUCUGCCUACAGUCCAGCUAGUACACACGUUUUGAGGAGACCGGACGGUGCCCCUGCCGGCCUCACGCUGAGACCCCGCCUCACUGUCUUGGCUGGGGUAGGGAGGGGGCUCCAGGCUGGGCGCACUAAUAAAGACCCAGAGUCUCCUCUUC